AUGGCUAGACAUUCUUUUAAAGUAACAAUGGAUGGCCAAAAAGAUAUUGAAUUUCUUUUCGAUAUAUCAAAAGAAAUAAAACAUUUUUAUGAAACACCCGUAAUUUUUCUGACUCAGCAAGAUUAUUCUGAUAGCAUAUUCAAUGCAAUGUGUUCGAUGCGAUCAGCUCUUCAAGGUGGCUCAAAAACGGAAAUAAUUGAUAUAAUUGUUGAUUUUCAUAUCCACUGGAUAUACACAAUUAAAGAUUUAGAACAGUUUUCUAAACGAAUACUCAAUGAUCUUACAAGAGAAGAAGUAUAUCAAGCAGUGAGUUUCACUAUAGAUGCUAUGUCAAACCGUUUGAAAUAUUAUCAAAAAUAUAUUUUAAAGUACCGACCAUCCUUAUCAAAUGAAAAUCAAGCUAAUCUUUUAACCGAUUUAGAAAUUGUUGAAGAAAUGCACAAAGAAGUAACAAGACAUCUUUUAAGCAAAUUAAAAUGUCUUAGAAGCUUUGAUAGUAACGAUGAAUUUAAAAUAAAGGUUAGAGAUUCUUUAGAAGAACUUUAUCAAUGGAUUGAUAGAAUAACCGAUGGUCUAGCUUAUCAAUUAACUAAGUAUAUUAAAGUAACUCACCCUGAAGACUUAACAAAAGUAUUACAACAAAUCGUUGAAGACUUAAAAACAUCAAAAUCUUCUUCAGUUCAGACAAUGUUAGACAAUAUUAAGGAGAAAGCAUUAAGUACAAUGAUACGAAGUAUAGCAGUUCAUAAUCUUGAAAUAAGCAUAGUAUUAGAGAAAAUAAACUCAUUGGAGGAUCAUAUUUCGAAAUUACAAAGUGAACCAACUUCCCCAGCUUUAAUGGCUCUACAGCACAAGAAAGAUUAUCUAGAAACAACGCUAGCUUCACUUGAAAAUUUAAAAACUACAUUAGAAAAAUUAGCAGAAACGACAGAUUUUGAAUUCGAAGAUUUGGAUUAUGAUAAAAUUUGCCCUUGUGAAGAUUUUUACCAACUGCGCAUUUUUAAUCACGCAUUACCACCAGAAGAACGUGAACGCUUAGUUACUGAAUUAUGCUAUGUAUGGGAUAUAGCAGUUUUUGGAGAACGAAGUCACAAGUCAAUUAUCUCAAUUCUAAGUGCUGCAGAUAUAAAAGAGGAAUUUAAUGAUGAUCUGGGUACGUAUUUCAUAGACGAACAUAGUCGAAAAAUUUACAAGCUACCAGAUGAUGAAACAUUAUAUCAGCCUAAUGAGCACAGUAUACUCGUGCCGUUGAAAGAUGACGAACAACAUAUUUAUUUCUACGAUGAAUGUGGACGAUAUUAUAUUGAUCAGAAAACACGACAAAGAAUUUAUAAGGCGCAUGAAACAGCCAGUGAGUACAUGAUGGAUAGUUCAGGUAUAUUAUUGAAAAUAAAAGAAGAAUGGGAGGGCGUAACUUAUUAUUAUGAUAAUUACGGUCGUUAUUACAUUAAUAGCGACGGAAAACAUAUUUAUCGAGAAGUAGAUUCCGUUAGCGAAUAUGAAAAUGAUGGUCUAGGAAAUCUUGUACGUAUUAGAAGUAGCCUAGAUAUUUUAAAGCCUUGUCCAGAUGAUGUACCUGUGUCAGAAGAUUUUAAGUAUCUUAAAACAGCCGUAGGGAAAGCCUUACGUGAGUGUAUCGCUGAUGUUAUUUUACAUCAGCCGGAUGAUCCAAUAAAAUAUUUAUCUGCCCGUCUUAUAAAGUAUAGAGAAAAUAUGGAAUUAAAAGAGAAACGUGCACGGGAAAAAGGAGAACUAGAUGUUGAACGUGAAAUUAGAAUAACUGAAGAGCGUGCUGCAGAGGAAAGAGCAGCUAUGGAAGCUGCAAUGCAUGUUGAUGGGGGAAGCGAAGCCAGCUAUGAUUCGAAUCUUAUAAAAUAUUCACCAAUGCAUCCUGAUGAUAUUAUAUCUGCAGGUGCUAGUUCAUUCAUUUAA